AUGGAGCGAAUGUUUGAUGGUAGUAAAAUAACGUCAGGCUCGCGAUGUGAUGAUGGUUUUUUAUCUUAUAAUAACCAACGAAGUGUCGACGAAGAUUCAUGGACGGAAGUCAAGCGACAAGAACUGGACCACGCCACCUCGUUCGUUUCAGAAAGUAUGUAUCUGGUGAUGGAAAAUCCGUCCGAUACGUUGUAUAUGGGCGAGAGUGUGCAAUUAAAAGUGCACGCACUGUCUGAUCAGUCGACAGUGGGACGAGUGGCAGGAGUCUCGAGCAAGAAAGAAACGGUAAAAAACGCCGAUGAUGCGAUCCAUGGCACGUUGUUUAUAACGGACUACCGUCUUUUAUUCCGUUCUUUUCACCAUGAUGAAGAGAAAGUGGUGGAAAUCUAUUUGAAUAAUAUUGCUGAAUUGGCGGAAUUUCAAGUCAAUGGAAAAUUGGGACCUCUGAGUCAAUUGGAAAUUUCGUGCAAAAAUUUUGAAUUGGUGAAAUUUAAUUUUCCAGGAGAAAAUGUCUCGGGUGACGUUUACGUGAAAAUCAAUCAGUUGCUUGCAAACAAACUUCAGCCUGCAGCUUUUGUGCUAAAUCAGAAGCCAGAUGUGGCUGCGUGGACAAUUUACCACCCUCAAGUUGAAUUUGCUCGACUUGGUUUGAAGAUGCCAAAACCAGGGACACAGAUCGGUGGAUUUCGAAUUACACAAGUGAACAACAAUUACAAAAUGUCGCCGACAUAUCCGAGCUCGUUCAUUGUUCCUGCAUCGGUAUCAGAUGGAGAGUUACGAAAGAUCAGUUUAUUUCGUGCUCGUGGACGUGUGCCGGCUAUAUCGUACCGACACAAUAAUGAUGCGGUAAUUGCAAGAUGUGCACAGCCAUUGGUAGGAUUGCGUAGAAAACGGUGCAUCUCUGAUGAAGCAUACAUGGUAGCACUACGACGAGAGUGCAAAGGGAAGCUGGUUUUCAUUGAUUGCCGAAGCCAAACCAGUGCAUACGGCAAUAUUGCACUAGGUGGAGGCUUCGAAGUACUGGAUUACUACAAGAACACAAGCAUCAUGUUCAUGGGUAUUGAAAAUAUCCACUCAAUGCGAGAUUCUAUUCGGAAACUCUUUGAUUUGAUCAAGAAUGAAAUACGUGGCAACGAGCGACCAAAUUGGUUAUCAGGUCUAGAGAGUACACGAUGGUUAGAGCACGUGCGCUCUAUUCUGGUGUCGUGUUCCAUUUGUGUUGCAAAGCUUGUCGAAGGAACCAGUUUGAUGAUUCACUGUUCGGAUGGAUGGGACCGCACCGCCCAAAUCACAGCCUUAGUGAAGUUAUGUGCGGAUCCGUUUUACCGGACGAUAAAGGGUUUUCAGGUGCUGGUCGAGCAGGAGUGGUGUUCCUUUGGACACCAAUUUCGCGCACGAUCGGGACAUACAGACAGCCCAGCUGGAUAUUGGGAAGAUGACAGUACAUCGCCUGUAUUCAUGCAGUUUCUGGAUGCUGUGUGGCAACUGAUGCGCCAGUUUCCGUGUUCGUUUGAGUUUAAUGAACGCUAUCUCAUCGCUCUGCUCGACGAAGUCUACAACAAGCGAAGUGGGACUUUUCUCUACGAUUGCGAAGAGGCCCGAAUGAGGUCCAAGACGAUUAUCCGAUGCACAAGCGCCUGGACGUUGAUUGAAGCGCAUCCUGAUUUUUCGAAUUUUCAAAAUCCAUUUUUCAUGGUGCCUCUUAGUGACGAGGAGUCUACGGACAAGUCUCCGUCGGUACUGCAGUGCAAGUGGCACACAAGCUCGCUAGCAAUCUGGUCAUCGUUCUAUCUGCGAUCGCUGGAAUCGAAUGACUCUCGGGAUGCCUGGGCCAAGGAACUGCAGGUGACACAGCAUGAGUUGCAAGAUCAGCUGAGUGUGGCACACGAACAAUUGCAGUCUCAAGUGGAGCAGAACUCUGAUCUUCAAAGUGAGUUGGAACAGCUUCGACGAGAACGUGCACAGCUACACCGGGUGCUAGAAGGUGAAGUGUAUCGUGACACGUCCAAUGGGUUAUUGGUGCAUGAAGAGGACGAAAACGAAGACGGGAUAUUGUUAAGUGUGGCAUCUGUGGGUGAAAGUCGCACAAGGUUGAAAACUUCUUCUUGUACAAGCGAAUCGAAAGUUUAUUCAACAAGUGGCAUGGGCUGUUUCCUGGGAGGUUCAAUGAGUCAGGAGUUUGAAAUAUUGCAGACAUAUUUCGACGCUGCUCGACAUGAACCUCGGUCAAUGAAGUCGACAGGAAGAAAAAAUAUUUGCCAUGAGCUUUAUGCUCCCCACAGGAAGCGAUUUCGUAUGAGCAGCACGUGGCAAGACAAAGACGAGAAUUUGACGGAAUGCAAACUAUUAAGUGGUGAUUUUGCAGCUUUUUUGCAAGUGUUACUAGGACUUAUUGCUUUUUCGGUGUUAGUGGUCAAACGAUUGCGUGAAACGCCUCAACGUCCAUUAAUGAUAUGGGCUUUUGAUGCUGCGAAACAAAUGAUUGGAGCGACUUUUGCCCAUAUUGCCAACUUGUUUAUUGCAAUAUUGCUUUAUUCCCGUCAACAAGUACUAUCUGAAUCAGAUCACGAAUCAGUGGAUCAAUGUGCACUUUAUUUUGUCAAUUUCACGUUAGAUACGACCUUGGGAGUGUUGGUAAACUAUCUUUUACUUUCGGGUGUGAUUUUUUUGGCCUUUCGUUUUGAUUGGUCAUCUUUAAAAACCCCAGGGGAUUACGGUAAUCCGGUUUUGUUUCGGACAUGGUUUUUGCAAGUAUUUUCAUGGAUUCUCGUGAUUUUUGUCUGCAAAUUUCUCAUUGCAAUACUUAUUGUCAUUUUUCAAAACCCUCUGGGCGCCUUUGCAGGCGUGCUUUUUAACCCAUUGAAAAAGUAUCCAGAUGUGGAAUUGACUAUUGUGAUGAUUGCAUGUCCUUGUUCAAUGAAUGCAAUGCAAUUUUGGAUUCAAGAUAAUUUUCUAAAAAAAGACGUUCGGGAUGAAAGUUGUAUCGUGUCACAGGCACCUCAAUCUCCUCCCAAUAAUUUGACUAAUGAUGAUGAAAAAGUGCCGAGUUUAGGUACACCAAUGGACGAUGAAUGUAGUAGUAAUGAACCAGGUGAAGGAGAUUCGAAACUUGUUAUUGUCAUGAAGGACAAGACUGAGGAACUUGAAGCUACAAACAACGUAUCAGCUUGA